CAGUGGCUACCACCAUCAUUCGCUUCCCGGGCGGAGUGGGGAUACUGUCAGCGCACACACCGGAUACUUUCUGACUGAGCGCCGAAAGCUGAGAGUUGCAGAACGCCACAGCGGUGUCAUCCUUUUUGUUUUAAGUUGAAGCAAACGUUUGAAUUUCUCAGGUCUUGCUGAGAUGGUAGAUUAUCACGCCGCAAAUAAUCAAAACCAACAAUAUCCCUCCGGGGGCCCGCCGACAUACAUGGAACAGGAAAAUGACUGGGAUCGGGACCUGCUUCUCGACCCGGCCUGGGAGAAACAGCAGAGAAAGACGUUCACAGCCUGGUGCAAUUCCCACCUGCGUAAGGCAGGCACGCAGAUCGAGAACAUCGAGGAGGACUUCAGAGAUGGGCUGAAGCUCAUGCUGCUGCUGGAGGUCAUCUCGGGGGAGAGGUUACCCAAGCCAGAGAGAGGCAAGAUGAGAGUCCACAAGAUCAACAACGUCAACAAAGCCCUGGACUUCAUCGCCAGCAAGGGAGUCAAGCUGGUGUCCAUCGGUGCUGAGGAAAUCGUCGACGGAAACGCCAAGAUGACCCUGGGCAUGAUCUGGACCAUCAUCCUCCGCUUCGCCAUCCAGGACAUCUCCGUGGAGGAGACCUCUGCGAAGGAGGGAUUGCUGCUGUGGUGUCAGAGAAAAACUGCUCCUUACAAGAACGUCAACGUGCAGAACUUCCACAUCAGCUGGAAGGAUGGUCUGGCCUUCAACGCUCUGAUCCACAGACACCGGCCCGAACUCAUCGACUAUGAGAAACUGAGAAAGGAUGAUCCUGUGACUAACCUGAACAAUGCCUUUGAGGUGGCAGAGAAGUACCUGGACAUCCCCAAGAUGUUGGACGCAGAAGACAUCGUGGGCACGCUGCGGCCUGACGAGAAGGCCAUCAUGACCUAUGUGUCCUGCUUCUAUCACGCCUUCUCGGGUGCGCAGAAGGCUGAGACAGCAGCCAAUCGGAUCUGCAAGGUGCUGGCGGUCAACCAGGAGAAUGAGCACCUGAUGGAGGACUACGAGAAGCUGGCCAGCGAUCUGCUGGAGUGGAUCCGGCGCACCGUGCCGUGGCUGGAGAACCGCGCCCCGGAGAAGACCAUGGUGCAGAUGCAGCAGAAGCUGGAGGACUUCAGGGACUACAGGCGGGUGCACAAGCCCCCCAAAGUGCAGGAGAAGUGCCAGCUGGAGAUCAACUUCAACACCCUGCAGACCAAGCUGAGGCUCAGCAACCGGCCUGCUUUCAUGCCCUCCGAGGGCCGCAUGGUGUCGGACAUUAACGGGGCGUGGCACAACCUGGAGGGGGCGGAGAAGGGCUACGAGGAGUGGCUGCUGAACGAGAUCCGCCGUCUGGAGCGGCUGGACCACCUGGCCGAGAAGUUCCGUCAGAAAGCCACCAUCCACGAGUCCUGGACCGACGGUAAAGAGGAGAUGCUGACGCAGAAGGACUAUGAGACGGCCUCGCUCUCCGAGGUCAAGGCCCUCCUGAAGAAGCACGAGGCCUUCGAGAGCGACCUGGCCGCGCACCAGGACAGAGUGGAGCAGAUCGCCGCCAUCGCCCAGGAGCUCAAUGAGCUGGAUUACUACGACUCCCCCAGCGUGAACGCCCGCUGCCAGAAGAUCUGUGAGCAGUGGGACGCCCUGGGGUCUCUGACCCAGAGCCGCAGGGAAAAUCUGGAGAGGACAGAGAAGCAGCUGGAGUCCAUCGACGAGCUGUACCUGGAGUACGCCAAGAGGGCGGCGCCCUUCAACAACUGGAUGGAAGGGGCCAUGGAGGAUCUGCAGGACAUGUUCAUCGUGCACAACAUCGAGGAGAUCGAGGGCCUGAUCACAGCCCACGAGCAGUUCAAAUCCACCCUCCCGGAUGCCGACAAGGAGCGGGAGUCCAUUCAGGCCAUCCAGGCCGAGGUGCAGAAGAUCGCCGACUACAACAGCAUCAAGUUGAGCGGAAACAACCCCUACACCGCCAUAACGCCUGAGAGCAUCGACACCAAGUGGGACAAGGUGCAGCAGCUGGUGCCGCAGCGCGACCAAGCCCUGCAGGAGGAGUUGGCGCGGCAACAGUCGAAUGACCACCUGCGCCGCCAGUUCGCCACCCAGGCCAACGUCGUGGGGCCCUGGAUACAGAACAAGAUGGAGGAGAUUGGGCGGAUAUCGAUCGAGAUGAACGGGACCCUGGAGGACCAGCUGACCAAUCUGAGAGAGUACGAGCAGAGCAUUAUCGAGUACAAGCCCAACAUCGACCAGCUGGAGGCAGAGAACCAGCAGAUCCAGGAGGCCCUGAUCUUCGACAACAAAUACACCUCCUACACUAUGGAGCACCUGCGGGUGGGCUGGGAGCAGCUCCUCACCACCAUCGCCCGCACCAUCAACGAGAUUGAGAACCAGAUCCUCACACGGGACGCCAAGGGCAUCAGCCAGGAGCAGCUCCACGAGUACCGCACCUCCUUCAACCACUUCGACAAGGAUCACAGCGGGGCCCUCCAGGCAGAGGAGUUCAAGGCCUGCCUGAUCAGCCUGGGCUACGAUGUGGAGAACAACAAGCAGGGCGACGCAGAGUUUGCGCGCAUCAUGGGCAUCGUUGACCCCAACAACAGCGGAGCGGUGACCUUCCAGGCCUUCAUCGACUUCAUGUCCCGGGAGACCACCGACACCGACACGGCUGACCAGGUCAUCGCCUCCUUCAAGAUCCUGGCCGGAGACAAGAACUACAUCACGGCGGAGGAGCUGAGGCGGGAGCUGCCCCCGGACCAGGCGGAGUACUGCAUCGCCCGCAUGGCCCCCUUCACGGGGCCCGAUGCCGCACCUGGGGCCCUGGACUACAUGUCCUUCUCCACCGCGCUCUACGGGGAAAGUGACCUCUAAGGGCCGGGGCCGGCCGCAGGCUGGGGGUCGGGGGGGACCAGGGGGGCCACACGGAGCAGUCUGCACCCCUCCUCAGUUUUGGCUAGCCUGCUGUGAUUGGGUGGUGUGGAGACUGGGGGGGGAGGGGAGUGUGUGGAGCCAUUGGCUGGUGGUUUAGCUCAUUUGCAUAUUGGGUGUGAAGAGGCGUUGAAUCCUGGGAAAUGGAUGCCGACUGCUCCAAGGUGUGAGUCCUGUCCCUACUCCCCUACCUCUCACAGGAGGGAACAGGCUAUAUUGAUGCUACUUUUUUGUUUUAGUUUUAUUUUAUUUUUUUUGCUGGGAGGGAAGGGGGAG